AUGGCCCUGAAUCAAAGGGCUAGCCAGGCCCUCAGUGAAAACUCAAAGAUGACACCCAGUCUCAAUUCCACUGGGGCCCCAGGUUCAGGCUCUGGUACCAUCUCUGGGCCCAACCCAGACACAGACCUUGUUCCUACCUUGACUGACUUGACUCUUGACUUGACUCUUGUUCUAGAUCUUAAUACAACUAUGAGACCUGUCUCAGAGGAGGCCCCCAGCCUGGUGUCUGAUGACAUCCCCAGACCCAAUGACAACAGGGCUCCAGCCUUCCGCCUGAUCACCACUUCCAACUCUGGUGAAGCCCUGGGCCUGAAUAUGAAUCACAGCUCAAGGCCUGAUUCACAGGGGUCUGUAUGUCCAGCCUCAAACCUUAUUUAGCCUAGCUCUAUUGAGGCUCAGGGUCUGAGCUCAGGAAACCCCUCUGGGCUGAGUUCUGAGGCAGCCUUCAAUUCCCUCUCAAGUGAGAGUUUUGAUUUAGGUCAGCAUAACUCCAAUCCUUCCAGGACUGAAUCAGACCCACUGAUAAGGCCCUUUUCAAGGGAAGCCCUGGGUCUGGGCCACUGUAUCUCCAGGCCAGGCUCAAAAGCACUCCUUAUUCCAGUGUCAAACCCUUCUCUGGAUCCUGACUCCAAUCAGCUGCUUGAUGUGGACUCAAGAAACAUUUCCAAAGUGGAUUUCAGUGCAGCUCCAGGUCAUUGUGGGACGGUAAUCCCAGACUCCAAGGAGACCAAGACUUUGGUUUCACGUGACAUUUCUGGGUCUCUUUCAAAAGGACACUUUGGUGCAGCCUGGAACACAAGUUCCAAGGGAACCAUCAAUGUGGCUUCAGAUGGCAAUCCCAGGUCUGAUUUGAAUGUGACCAUCACUCAAGUCUCACGCUUGACCCUGAUUCCUGGCUUCAGUGACAGUAUCAGCUUUCACUCCAGCACCCAGAAACCUGACUCCACCCUUUCUCCACCCUUGUGUAUGCCGCUGAUCCUGGGUUCCAAUGAAACUCUGAGCCUAAGCUCUAGCUUCAUCUUCAGCAACACCUCCACCCUGACAAUGAGCAGCCAGCAGGAUGAUUCUGAGGACAGUAGCAUCCACACUGUGCCCCUGGAGGAGAAUCUGGGGAGAGCCUUUGAUGAAGGAGCUUCAUCCUGUGAGGUGCCAGGGAAGAGAGAGGAUGGCACCAAAAUAGCUGUGGUCGAGAAUGUCAUCACCCUCCAGAAGAGCCCGGCUACACCAGCCCUAGAAGGAGAAAAGAAGACCAUCACGGAGAAGAUGAUGAGGCAGAUCCCGGAGGAGCCGCUGGAUUCCUUCUUGAGUUCUGCUGGCCGGCAGGAGGAGACCCUGACCCAGCUGAGUCACACCCAGCCUGUCCUGAGUGUGCAGGAAAGGUCAGAGCAGGUGAACACAUGUGUGAAGAGUGUGUUCUCCCUGCCUCCUGUGCAGGCCAUGCAGGAGAAGGAGGAGGCCAAGGCUGAGGCCAUACAGGUGCUUUACUGUCAGACCCUGGAUGCCCUGCAUACGCUGCUCAAUGCCCUCUGUGUUGAGGACCCCACUCCUGCUGGGCUGAAGAUCAUCUUGGAGCCUCUGGGGCCCGGGAUGAACUCUGGGAAGACCCAUGAGCCAGCACCCGUGAAGAGCAAUGUCUCUGUGCUGACCCUGCCUUUCUUUAUGUCCUUGAGGUUCCCGGCACUGGGGUGUCUGCUGGGGAGGCUCAUCCUGCACAUCGGGAAUCCCGAUGAGGAGAUUGGCUGAGAAGCUCUGGACGGCAUCACCAUCCUUUACACCAUCCUGGAGCUCCAAAAACGUAAAAGGUUCUUUUCUUGCAGGACCAGUAAUGAGCUGUACAAGAGCAACAAGCAAAACCUAGGGCCCUAUCACCCUGUCAGCUGGUGCCAGGACAUUCUGCGUGUGGGGGCAAAAUUUGGAGACUUUCUGGGGCCCCAGCAGGUAAAGGAUCUGCUGCUAGCAGCGCUGGAAGGGCUGCAAGGUGGCUCAAGGCUCAGGAAGGACUUUGGGGAGACGAGGCAGCUGGCCUCAGAGGUCACUCUCAGCUCCGUGCUGGAGCGGUACAGCCACAGACCACUGGAGGUGAUCCCAGAAAUCAUGCAGGGCAUCUAUGUGCAGCUGAGCCACAUCCAGGAGCCACAGACCUGUGUGGUGGCCCUGUUGCCCGUCUCCCUCCUGGCCAGCAACUCCAUGACCAAGGUUGUUGUGGCCCUGCUCGUGUGCCCCCUCCCGCUGGACAGCAAUGGAGCAGAGAUGGGGAGGCAUCUGAUCCUGUGCAAGCCCAGCUGUGAUGUCCGAGAUCUCCUGGAUCUCAGCCUGAAGGAGAAGCCUGUUACCAGGAAGGGCAGGGCCUCCAUCGUGCCCCUAGCGGCAGCCAGCGGUCUAUGUGAGCUUCUGUCCAUCAGCAGUUGCAUGGGCCGUGUGAGUCACAUCUACCCCCAGUUGCUGCUGGCGCUGCUCAUUCAGGUUCAUUACCACAUCGGCCUCAACCUGCCUGGCCACAUGGCUGCCUGCAAGGAUGUCAAGGAUGCACAGCCCUCCAUCUCUGGCCCUGUGUGCUGGGUGGUCAAAGUGGUGAAAACCCUGCUGCUGAAGAUGGGCUGUUCAUAUGAGGCCACCUUUGUGGAGGACCAGGGCGGCUGGGAGCUCAUGGGGCAGGCAGAGAACCUCCACCGUGGAGUGUCCCUGCUGGCAAGGGCCAUGGUGCACUACUACUGCCCGGAGCUGUGCCGCAUCCUCUACCUGAUCAUCCCACUCCUGGAGCGAGGCGACGAGAAGCACAAGAUUACUGCCACGGCCUUCUUUGUAGAGUCACGAGAGGAUGUGUGCUCCUCCUGCAUCGACCUAUAUGGCAAGGUGUUCCAGAAGCUGCGGUCGGCCUGCACCCCAGCCAUGGAGGAGCAGCUGAUCAGAACCUUGCUGCCCCUGCUGCUGAUCGUGCAAGAGGGCAAUGCCAACGUGGGCUAGAAAUGGUUGAAGACCCUGUUCCACUGUUCUUGCUUCAUGGUUUGGAAAUUGCCCAAAACAGCUUAUAGCCAGAAGCCCUGGGACAACCAGAAGCAGGCAGUGGUCAAAAUUUGCAAGUACCUUGUGAACACUUACCAAGACAGUGCCUUCACAUUACUCAGCCAGAGUCUGGAGUAUGCCAAGAACACCCGGGCCUCCCUUCGGAAGUCCUCAGUCAUGUUCAUAGGGUCCCUGGCCCCCUGCAUGGAGAACAUAAUGACAGAAGAUCACCUGAAUGAAGUUAAAGCAGCUCUGGAAAACUUGAGACAUGACCCAGAGUCAGUAGUGUACAUCUAUGCAGCCCAGGCCCAGGAUCACAUCCUGGCCAGCUGCUGGUGCAACUCCUGGCCACUGCCACAUGGGGACUCAUGGGUGUGUGACCCAGCCACCACACACCGCUGGAGCCCUAGCUCUGAGAACAUGCCCACCUCCCACCAUCGAUGCUCCUGGAUCAUGCAAGUACUGGGCUCCUGGAAGAUGUCCUUGAAGCAGUGA